ACUAAAUUUGUGUUGUGCCCUCAUCGAAAAAGAAAAAAUCAAAGUGCAAAUAUGUCGAAUCAAAUGGAAUUUAUUAUGCAGCUUUAUAUGAUGAAUUUGUUGCAGCAGCAGCAACAACAGCAACAGCAAUUUCAACAACAGCUAACAGGAUAUACAUCAUAUACACAGAAAGAGGAUAUCACCAGCAGCACAUGCCUGCAACAGCAACAGCAACAACAGCAGCAACAACUCAAAACAAGAACGCAAAAACGCAUUAACUCGCAAAACACGAACUGUAGUAGUAGCCGUAGUUGUAGUCCCAAUCCCAAUAGUAAUUUGAUUUCGUUACAUCAACAACAACAACAACAACCACACAUAUUUACAACGCAAACAACUACACCCACAACCCCUAACACCUACAACAACAACAACGACACAAACACUAUGAAUUUCACUAACCAAUUGCCACAAAUGUUGCUAAGCACAUUGCCCUUAACGCAAUACAUGUUGCAGCAACAACAACAGCAACAGCAGCAGCAACAUUUGUUGACAACCUCAAAUCUCCUAUUAACACCUAACACACCCAGUUCCCGCUCCAUACAACAACAACAAUUGGGACAAUUAUCCAAUUUGCAAACAUUAAACACUGAGCAAAUUACAACAAAUAAUUUUCUACAAUCCUCCACAGUGACAUCAACGCCAAACGAGCAAGCAGCGCAACAUGUUGCCAACGAUAUCUUAGCAACAUCGACAACAACAAUAGCCUCAGCAGUUUCGGCCGUCACACUUAAAUAUGAGAAAAAUGAAGAUCAAGUGGAUGAAGAAAUAGAAGAAGUAGUAGAUAAUAAUGAUGAGGAUGAUGAUGAUGAUGAAGACGAUGAGAAACCUUUGUCCAGUUACAAUAGUUGCAGCUCAUCGGGCAAUGGUAGCUCUGAAAAGUUGAUGCAGUUGUCGGGAGUACAGCCUCUGGAGAGCACUAUCGAUAGUAUUGAUUCUCCAAGCAUGUACACUCCCAUCAAGCAGCCGGCCGACUCUUCAUACAGCAUCACGCCCGUUGAGAUGGAACAUACACCAAAUACCCCAAUUGCCCAGACCCAGUCGAACUCUAUGCUGACCCCACCAUCCAGUGAUCAAAGCAAAGGCGUUGUCCAAAGUUUGUCCACAGCCAGCAGUUUGGAUGCCUUUCUGCAGAACGAGGAGAAUUUGAAGAAUCUGCGCAAGGUCUCAUCGUAUUUGGAGUGCGAGAACGUUUUGUGUAGACAGGAGAAUUUACGUGAGCAUUUCCAUUGCCACGAUGAGCCCUGUCAGGGUAAGAUCCUUAGCAAAAAAGACGAUAUCAUUCGGCAUUUGAAGUGGCACAAGAAACGCAAAGAGAGUCUUAAGCUGGGAUUCGCAAGAUUCUCCUCGUCUGACGACUGCGCCCCAUCCUAUGGAGCCGGCUGUGCAUACAACUGGAAGCAGACGCAUUACCAUUGCAUCUACGAACACUGCCCCAAGGUCUAUGUGAGCACCAGUGAUGUCCAGAUGCAUGCGAAUUUCCACCGUAAGGACUCGGAGAUAGUCAAUGAGGGUUUCCGACGUUUUCGCGCCCACGAAAACUGCCGCAUUGAGGAUUGUCCCUUCUAUGGCAAGAAGAUAUCGCAUUAUCAUUGCUGUCGCGAGGGCUGCAAUCACACAUUCAAAAACAAGGCCGAUAUGGACAAACACAAGACCUAUCAUCUUAAAGACCAUCAGCUGAAAAUGGAUGGCUUUAAGAAAAUACUCAAGACCGAAGCCUGUCCCUUCGAAGACUGCAAAUUCUCGACUGUGUGCAAUCAUAUCCAUUGCGUACGUGAGAACUGCAACUUUAUCCUGCACUCCAGUAGCCAGAUGAUCAGCCAUAAGCGUAAGCAUGAUCGUCAGGAUGGAGAGCAGGCGUACCAACAGUUCAAAUCCAAGUCGGACGUGGAAGAAACAUCACUAGAUGCCACACCGACACCGCAGCUGCCUCAACCUCCACCCACCAGCAAUAAUUCCACGCCUCUGUCCUCCCUCUCUGCCGAGCAUUUCCUGGCCCGCAAGCGUGGCAGGCCACCCAAGAAAAUUCAACUGCCUGCCGAUACACAACAGCCAGAGGUUAAACGUUUGAAAGUCGAAGAUGAUGUUAGUAAUCCUGCCUUGCCAGUUGCAAAUCCACUGGCACCCUCGAAUGGAGUAUUCCCCAAUCUGCUGCCCAAUUUCAAUGCUGCUGCUGCCGCCGCUGCUGCGACCGGAGCAGAUGCAACGGCUCCAAAUUUCCAACUAACCCAUCUGAUGGCACUCUUCCAGUUGCAGAAUCCGCUCUUCUAUCAGAAUCUGUAUCCUGGUAUGCCUCAGAAUGCGUCCAUGUUGGGGAAUCUGGCGGCCUUUAGUGCUGCCGCUGCUGCCGCGGCGGGAGCAGGAGCGAUGCCAGGUGGACAGCAACCCAAAACCGAGUUUAAUAUUAAGCCUGAGUUCAAGGAGUAGAAAUCGGAACGUAGUCCUGCCGUCUUAACUAGAUGAUAAGGGUAGCUUGCAUUUUUAUAGUUGACCUACUGACGUUGAACAGUUUUAAUGGACAUUGGCCAGGCACGCGCUCUAAGCAGGUUUCCGGGUCCGGGUUUUUGAUUAGGUAGUUGCGGCAGGACCAAAUACGUUUCAUUCUGACUUGACUCAAAAUCCAUUUAAAAGCAAACUCAG